GCUUGUCUGUGUCUUUUGAACUUCGGUUGUCGUAGUACCGUUAUGCUUAGCCCCGGCAUUUCCAGUCUGGCCAGGUCCGCUGGCUGACUUCACAGUUUUGUUCUCUGCCUUGGCUUUGUCCUCUCGUGACUUAUCGGUCAUGUGACGCAGUCGCUCACCGCUUUGUCCUGUACUAGUCGAGAAUCUUUCAUUGUUACUAUUCAUGCCAGUCUCGUUCUGGACAUCAUCGCUGCUGGUGUCCGCCUUUGCCUUGCCCUUAACCUUUGAAUUACGCUUAGCAGUAGCUACUUGGGGCUUCGCAUUGACAUCUGUAGCCUUAGCAAUAACACCUUCAGCAUUGGGUUUGAUAUCUUGUGUCUUGGCCUUGACAUCUUGAACCUGGGCCUUGAGAGCUCGGGUUUGGU